AAAUUGGGUCUUGCUCAACUUUUGUCACCUCCGAACCCAAACCGUAUAAUUCUCUUUUCAGAGGGAAGAGCAAACACGAACGUCAACGAAUAAGCUUGUUUAGAAGCCUAAGACCCUUUGCCCAAUUCAAGAUCAAGGGAAAGAAGAAGAGAGAAAUGAGGAGGGAUGGUAUACUGGGUGACAAUGUGAGCAGUGAAGAAAGCAUGAGAUUAAGAAAGAAAACCAAAAUUAACAAAACUUGGGUGAAGAGGAGAGAGAAAUGGCUAGUACUUCUGGGAGUUGUUCUUCAUGCUGUUUAUAUGUUAAGCAUUUUCGAUAUUUAUUUCAAAUCUCCAAUUGUUCAUGGCAUGGAUCCAGUCAAACCCCGCUUUUCUCCUCCUGCUAAACGCCUCGUUCUUCUUGUUGCUGAUGGUUUGCGGGCUGAUAAAUUCUAUGAGCCGGAUGAGGAAGGGAAUUACCGAGCACCUUUCCUUAGAAGUGUGAUAAAAGAACGAGGGCGUUGGGGUGUGUCCCAUGCUAGGCCUCCGACAGAGUCAAGACCUGGACAUGUCUCUAUUAUUGCUGGUUUUUAUGAGGAUCCUAGUGCUGUUACAAAAGGGUGGAAAGCUAAUCCAGUUGAAUUUGAUUCAGUAUUUAACCGCAGCCGUCAUACAUUUUCAUACGGCAGCCCUGAUAUUGUGCCAAUAUUCUGUGGCGCAUUGCCUCACAGCACGUGGAAAACAUAUCCUCAUGAGUUUGAGGACUUUGCUACUGAUGCGUCCUUUUUGGAUGAAUGGUCCUUUGAUCAGUUUCAAAGCCUUCUGAACAAUUCUAAGGAAGACCAGAACUUGGAGCACUUACUUAAGCAGGACAACAUCGCUAUUUUUCUGCACCUUUUGGGUUGUGAUUCAAAUGGUCAUGCUCAUCGUCCAUUCUCGUCUAUCUAUCUCAAUAAUGUUAAGGUUGUGGACAGCAUUGCUGAGAGAGUUUAUAAUCUAAUGGAGGGUCAUUUCAAGGACAAUCGAACUGCUUACAUCUUUACAGCAGACCAUGGGAUGAGUGACAAAGGUAGUCAUGGGGAUGGACAUCCUUCAAACACUGAUACUCCCCUUGUUGCUUGGGGAGCAGGAGUGAAAACUCCCAGGCCUAGCUCAAGCAACCAUUCUGAUUGCGGUUUCCGUUUUGUUGAUGAGCAUUCUCAUGACACACCAACACCAAAUGAGUGGGGUCUUGAUGGCAUAGAGAGGGUAGAUGUCAAUCAGGCCGAUAUUUCGCCAUUGAUGUCCACUCUACUUGGUCAGUCAUGUCCUGUAAACUCAGUUGGAAGUUUACCUCUUGAUUACAUUGACUUCAAUGAGGCUGAAGAAGUUGAAGCUGUCCUUGCUAAUACCAAACAAAUUUUAAACCAAUUUCUCCGCAAGUCAUAUGUUAAACAGUCACAUUCUUUAAUUUUUAAGACUUUCAAGCCUCUGGCCAACUAUUCAGCAAUGCUGGAUAAGAUUGAAGAGCUUAUCUCUACUAAAGACUAUCAUAGUGCGAUGGAACUAUCUGAAAAUCUCAGAAAACUGGCGCUUGAAGGACUUCAUUAUUUUCAAACCUAUGACUGGAUGAUGCUCAUGACAGUAGUGAUUCUUGGAUAUAUUGGUUGGAUAUUUUAUCUAGUGAUCCACGUGCUGCAAUCAUAUACUAGCUUGCCUGGUCAGAUAAUGUACAGAGAGGAAGCUUGUCAAGUGGACAAAAAGAUGGGAAAGGUCUAUAUACUUGGAAGUUUGCUGAUGGGGGCAUUUUCUAUAAUACUGCUUGUUGAGCGUUCUCCUCCUCUCUAUCAUGCUUACACUGCAAUGACUGUUUUCCUUUGGACACAAAUUUUAAGUCAGUACCAGUUUUUAAAUGCUUUACUGAGAAGCUUUCAGAAGGAGAAAUUUGAUUACUUCGUCAAACUUCUAGCUUAUGGCAUUGUGUCAUUGAUUAUUCUUGAAUUUCUGGUACACAGCUUUACAGAAAGGAAGCUGUACACCUGGUGCUUCCUAAUUGUUGGUAGUGUAGCUCCCUUAUAUCUUUAUCAUGCAAUUCCGUGGAAAUCAUGGAUACCAGGAUUUGUGUGUGUAUCAUGCUGGUCGUUAUCAAUUUUCACAUUGAUGCCUGCAGAAAUUCCUGAUAAUACAUUCUUAGUUGUUGUUAGUGGAGCUAUGAUAAUUUUAAUUGGACUAGCUGCAAGAUGGUUAGAACUGUGCUAUGGAGAGAAUAAAUUUUGGCAGAAUAUCAUAAAUCCUGAAUUGACCAAGCCGCAGUUACCAAUGCUUUUUCCUCUGCAGGCUGUUUUGGUGGGUUUAUCGUCAGUGAUGCUCUCUCUAUCAACAUCACACAGAACUCAAAAGCAAGAAUUACUUGUAUUUCAUCAGCUAACAAAUUGGUCUGUGGCAGGAUUUUCAAUGAUUCUCCCCUUAUUUUCAGCACCUUGCCUUUUGUCUAGAUUAACGUCCAUUUUUCUUGGAUUUGCACCAGCGUUUUUGCUUUUAUCAAUUGGCUAUGAAGCACUGUUUUAUGCUGCACUUGGUCUAGUACUUGUGGCAUGGGUACUAUUUGAAAAUACAAUUUUCAAUUUAAGUAAGGCAAGAAGAUAUUCAGUUUCUUCAAAUAGUGUGGUUAAAGAGGUCCCUACUGAGAAUGGGAAUAGAUCUUUGGAGUUGUCUGAUGCAAGAAUUGCUUUGAUCUUUAUGGUCUUGUUCAAUGUUGCAUUUUUUGGCACGGGUAACUUUGCAAGUAUCGCUAGUUUUGAGAUAUCAUCUGUGUACCGCUUCAUCACCGUCUUCAGUCCUUUCUUGAUGGCAGCCCUUCUGAUAUUCAAGCUAUUUAUUCCCUUCAUGCUUGUAAUCUGUGCCUUCAGCGCCAUAACCAAACUGAUUCGAGUCCCACGUCUGGGAUUGUAUUUUCUUGUGAUACUGUUUUCGGACAUUAUGACUAUUCAUUUCUUCUUCCUGGUUCGAAAUACUGGAAGUUGGAUGGAAAUCGGGAACAGCAUCAGCCACUUUGGUAUAAUGAGCGCACAAGUCGUGUUUGUGCUUUUGCUCUUUGCAUUGACAAAUAUAUACACCAAGGACAUCCAAAUCAAAUCUGCUGCUUCAUUGUCCCGGAAAUCAGUGUAACGUAUGGUUUUUUUGGUUCAUUACAGAGUUAUGUCUCGCCAUUGUAGCAACGUUAGCAAGAAAUUUUGUUAGUCUGGUUUUUUUUCUUUUGUUUUUUUCCUCAUAGUGUUCCUUUGUACAGUACCAUACAGCGUAUAUAUGGUACGGAGUAUUAUUUAGUUAAUUAGUUUGUCUUUUAGAGCUGACAAUUGAAAUGAAAAGAGAAAACAGUUUUGAUUCCUUUUUUAUAUAUAUCAAAAUGAUACAUUUAUCAUA